AGGAUCAAUGGCAUUUGCACGUCAUUCAGGGCAAAAGUUUGCCACUCUCUUCAUCCAACCGUACUUAGGAUCCCACAGCUGAACUUGUCAAUGAAAUCCACUCUCACAGUUUAAAAUAAAAUUUAAAAAAAAAAAAACCACAACCAAAAAAUAAUGAAUAUAAAUGUGGAAGAAAGGCAAUUUGAUGUUUAUAAUUAUCGGGGUAAACUCCACGACCUGCUGAAUGUAUGCAAGAGGGACCCUGGAUGGUGUAUAUAAAAGUACCAUGUGCAGAGAAUAAGAGCAAGUAUUGAGACUUCUUUCUGGUAGAGCAAGUCAUCAUACAGGAUCCCGACCAUGACCAACAAGGGGACUUCGCUGAAAGGUUUGUUGCUGGUGGUCCUUCUGGUGUCCAACAUGUUCCUGACAAAGGAAGGGGUGACCUCCUUGCCAAUCUGCCCCAGUGGAUCUGUCAAUUGCCAACUUUCCCUUGGGGAACUUUUUGACCGAGCAGUUAAACUUUCACACUACAUCCACUUCCUCUCUUCGGAAAUCUUCAAUGAAUUUGAUGAACGCUACGGUCAGGGCCGGGGUUUUGUUACAAAAGCUGUUAAUGGCUGCCACACUUCCUCUUUAACCACUCCUGAAGAUAAGGAGCAAGCUCAGCAGAUUCAUCAUGAAGACCUACUGGGUUUAGUACUGGGAGUGCUGCGCUCCUGGAACGAUCCCCUGCUCCAUCUGGCCUCUGAAGUACAAAGAAUCAAAGAAGCUCCAGACACCAUCCUCUGGAAGGCUGUAGAGAUUGAAGAACAAAACAGGCGGCUUCUAGAAGGAAUGGAGAAAAUAGUUGGGCGGGUUCAUUCUGGUGAGAUCGGAAAUGAAGUUUACUCUCAAUGGGAAGGCCUUCAAUCCCUGCAACUCGCUGAUGAGGACUCCAGACUCUUUGCCUUUUACAACCUGCUGCACUGCCUCCGCCGAGACUCCCACAAAAUUGACAACUAUCUCAAGCUUCUGAAGUGCCGCCUAAUCCACGACAGCAAUUGUUAAGCGCUCAUGGGCCUCAUCACUUACUGAAAUCAUUCACCAUGGUGUUCUUGUUGCUUUGCCACUUUUUGUUGCAAACUUUAUGAAAAGUCACAGCGUAGCGUAGCAGGAUCAUUGGUAACUUUCAGCAUGUUUGUGUGAAUUCUGCCUGCAACUCUUAGCAGCAUUUAUCUUGGUGUUUUAAAGUGUUAUAAAUCACUUGUAUGACAAGAAUACACUUUUCUGUCUAAUCUCCUCACGUAGCAGCAUUUCAGUGAUAACCAGAUCAUGCAGAUACAAAUAAAAAUGUUACUAAAACCAAAA